UCAUUUAUACAUGCAUCUUAAUUUGUUUGUUUUUACAUUAUAUUUCUUUUGUAAACAAUUUAGCUUUAUGAAGACGCGAAAUGGCAAAUCAGGAAAUCAGCUUAAAAUGGAAUGGAUACCAGAAUAAUAUAUUAUCAAAUGUGAAAGAGUUAUUUAAAGACGAAGGUUUAUCUGAUGUGACACUAGUAUCGGAAGGGCAAAGUUUUAAAGCUCAUAAAGUUAUCCUUUCUGCGAAUAGUUCAGUAUUUAGAACGAUAUUUCAGCAAAACCCCCACAAAGAUCCAAUUAUAGUACUUCAUGACAUCAAUACAGAUUCUUUACAAACUUUGUUAAGAUUUAUGUACAAUGGUGAAGUUAAUGUAACAGAAGAAUUUUUGCCAAUACUUUUAAAAACUGCUGAGGCCCUAAGAAUAUGCGGAUUAUCUACUGGCAAUGAUGCUGCUAGAGACGACGAGAAAACUGCAACUUCCACACAGGCUUUAUCUAAAAAACGAAAGAAAAGUGAGCAGGAUGAUGGAAAUAAGAGCAAUAAAAAACCAAUGCCGUGUCCUGUAAAACUAGAUAAUGCUAUCACAGUGUCAAACUCCGAUGUCCACAAAAACCCCAACAUUGUGCCCAAAGUAGAGCCAGUCGAUUCACCACUAACUGAUUAUUCAGGAGAAAACACUAACGAUACAGACAUUGCCGUUUUAGAAGAUACAAUCGAGAAAAAAUACUCUGUUAGUCCUGAAAAUGUUUCAAAUAAAUCUAUGUGUAAUAUGGCUUCCGAUCGUUGUGUUAAGAAGUGGAUUAAUGAAGUCAGCAGUACACAGCCAUGCUUAAACAUGAUUAAUGAAAAAAAUAUUAUAGAGCAGGAUGAUGACAAAGAAAUAGAGAUUGACAAGGAAGUAGAGACAGUAUUGCAGAGUGGUACUAUAGUAGAAUCCUUAAGUAUAACAACCGAGAAUUUGAAUUUUGUGUCAAGUGAAGCACAGAGUGUAAAAGACAAAACUACCACAUGUUAUGCAAACCCAUCAUUCCCGUGUCCAUUCUGUCCCAGAGUUUACAAUAGCUGGGGUUAUAGACGGAGGCAUGUUAAAUCUAGACACAUGACUAACAGAUUGUCAUGCAAAUGGUGCGUUUCAGUACUACCAUCUACUGGAGCAUGGUAUUCCCACGCCACCAGAGCUCAUGGCGUUCCACAUGAGGAAGCAAGAAACUCCCUUGUAGUCAUGGUUGAAGCGCAUGCAGUACUUACUCUGAAUGAGCCAAGUGUAGCCCAGUUAUUGGGACAAGUCGGUAUAUCCGACAAUAACGGCAGUAGUGUCAAUGACAAAACUUCCUAGGGUAUGUCUUUUCUAUUCUACUAGAUUAUUUGUAUACACUUAAACAAAAAAAAAAUCUUUCAUAUAUAUAUAGCAUGACCUCAAGCACUAAGUACUCUAAUGAACAAACUAUUUUUAACCAAGUUUAUAAAAUAAUAUUUAAAAGUAGUGUCAGCAAAAAAGUCUUAUAGCAUUUUGUUUUUAAUAUUUUACUUGAACAAGACUCAUAUCAUCAAAAUAAAUUGAUUACUUGUUUAAUGUUAAUGGUAACCAUUUUAAACAAAGUUAAAAUUUAAAAAGAAAUUUAGUGUUAGCAAUUAAAAAACUAUUUUUUUUUUUUAUAAUAUGAAAGAUAAAGAAAAAUAUUUGGAAUGCCAUUGCGAUUAUAGAAUAUUUUUUAAAACAAUCGCACUAGUCUCUGAAUUUAAAACAACCAGCAUUGUAUUUUUCUCUAAUACCAUAAAAUCAUAUUUAUAAAAGAAAUCAAUCAAAUUGUAUGAAAUUGUGCACUGAUUACUUUGAUUAACAAAUCAUAUUUAGACAUUGGGCCAAAUGAGAAAUUGCUAAUGCCAGUAAUAAUUAUCCAGGGUAUAAAAUUUUCUCUUAUCAAAAAUUUAUUUUAUACACAAAACUGCCAAUCUUUGAGAGCUUAUUUUUAAGUAUUCUCGAUGCAAGCAUUUUGAAAAAUAUUUUGAUUAUAUAUUUCUAUUUUAUAUGUAUGUAUUGAGAGGUAGAAGUAUAUAAAAUAACACAUUUAUAUAUAUAUUUUAAAUAGUCUAUAAGGAUUUAUAAUAUAGUUCAGAAAAACAAUUGUCGAUGUAGACAAAGUGAGUUUAUCUGGUCUUUAGUAUGGUUAAGCUGAGGUCUUUUGAUCUUAUAAUAUAAAAAAAAAAACAAUUUCAAAGCUGUGGAUUAGUCCACAUUUAUCAAAUUUAUAUUUUUUAUAAAUUCCCUACAGUAAUCUAUCUUAACUUUUCUGACAAUGCUUUAAGCAAGUCCAAAUUAACCUCAGUAUAUAGUCAUUUUAGAAUUUUAUUAAAAGUGAUAAUAAUCAUUUAAUAUUAAAUACCAGCCAGUCGAUAUUUUAGGCAAAUAACAAUAAUCAAAGUUUAAUAAAUAAGUGGUAUUUUUAUAUAAAAUGAUAUAAAAGUAAUUAUUAAGAUUAUUAUGAACGGAAACUGCUUUUCAUUACUUUAUAUUUGUUGCAAAACUGGCAAACUAAUAUAGUAACUAGUUACUUAAAAGAAAAGACGAUGCUUUAAAAAUAAUCAAGUCAAUAUGCAUUGUGACAAGCCUUUUAGUUAAAACUUAUUAUAAUUUUAGAAUUUAUAUUUUAUUACUAUGGUAACACAUUUCUAGUGAUGUUAACAAAUUAAUACAAUGGUCAGUAACAUUUUUUUAUCACAUUUCAUAGUAAAAAAUAUGGUGAUAAUUAUAAUAAUAUUAGUGUUUAUUUGAUAUAAUUUAGUGAUGAUGAUCUCAACUCAAACAAGUCAAAUGUUUAGCAGUUAAGAUUCAUAAUAUUAGUUUGUUUAAAUAACUAUAAAAUAAACGAAUAUGAUGAAUGAGAGUUAUGUUAAAAACUUUAUUAAGUAAAUAAAAUCAUUUGGCUAGUCCAUUGAUCUACCUUAAAAUAUUUAUACCUUUUAUGAUGCUCAUAUCAAACUUAAGUUCACCAAUAGUUGAUUUCAAUAGAAUUAAUACAAGUAAGCAAAGAAAUGUCAUUAAGUGUCAGCCACACUUAACUAAAUACAGCAGAAUUGUAAAGAUUUGAUAAUAUAUUCAAUUAAAAGUCAAGAUUUCUACGUGUUGUGGCAUACUUUUAUUGCCUAACUAUAUAUGCUGUAUGAUGUGACGGUAGAUUGUAUUUUGUUUUUGUAACAAUUCUAUUGAGAUUUGUGCAUAAAAUUUUUGUACUCAAUAUUAACUUUUUUUUUUAAAUGUAAAUUUAUUCAAUCAUUUUAUAAAUUAGUUAUGACUGAACAAAUAGAGAGCUUAUCGGUAAAAAUAUACCCUUUCUUGUAUAAGAAGAUAUUUUUAUAAUGUACUUUUUAAUGUUCGUAGUAUUUAAGUCAAUUAGAAAUCUUGGCAAUAACUAUGGAAUGUGAUUUCUGUGGUGGAAAAAUACAUAUACAUGUUUAGACUUUAGAUGUAUUUUAAAUUAUUUUUAAGGCCUUCUUUGCAAAUUUGUAUUUUUGAGCACAAUUCACUUAACUUUUUAAUGUUAUUGUGAUUAUUAUAUGUGUUGUAUAAAACAACGAGUGAGUGAAUGACCUAAUUUUUAUACAAAAAUGUAACAAUUUUUUCCAAUAGAAAGCCUUAUUCACAUUAAACGCAUAAAAUGCUCGUAAUACAAAGUAAGGAAUAGUAAUUCAACAAAUAAAUAUAACUCAAUAGUUUUUUUUAUUGUAUAAUAAUUAUGUUUAAGAAUGUUUUAUUCUCAUUAAUUAAUCAAGGAUUUGUAAAGUUGUUCUUUUAAGAACUACCCUAUUAUGGAUGGAUUUUUUGUAUUCAUUACACAGUGGAAAAUUGAAAUUUUAUCACACAUAGGUAUAAUUGUGAAUAAGGCCUUUUUGGAUUUUUAAUAAAUUUUGAAGGUAAUUAAUGA